AUGACCCUAUUUUACUUAUUGCUCCGUUUGGUAUCAACGACUGCUCAAGCUAAAUUUCUACUGCGCCGCCCCCAUCCGGAUCAAGGAAAACCUUCCAGAGAUAAAGGAGGUACCGCCAAAAGUGACCAGGAUCCUAAGCAGCAGCAGCAAAAAGAAAAUAAGGAUCCAACACCAGCCACGCCCAAAAGUAGCAAAAGUUUUAUGGAAAAGAUUUUCAGUUUCGCCUGGAAAGGAAAACGUGGCAUCGAAAAUCAGGAGGGCGAAGAAUCCGAUGAGCACAGCGACUACAUCGACGACGAGCAGGGAUUGCAGCGGAAGCACAAGGUGGACACCACCCUGCAGAUUCACUUCUUCGGCAAGAAAGGCAAUCAGGAUUUGCAGUACGAUGGGUUCUACAACUUUAUGAAAAACCUUCAAACCGAAGUGCUGGAGCUGGAGUUUUGUGAAUUUUCCAAGGGUCAUGAACGAAUCUCGGAGGUGGAUUUCGCCAAAAUUUUGCUGAGAUACACUUAUCUGGACACAGACGAGUACGACAACUAUCUGGAUCGUCUGCUAGAUCGAGAAGCCAAGGAGAAGGGAGUUUCGUUCGAGGAAUUCCGUCAGUUCUGCCAAUUUCUCAACAAUCUAGAUGACUUCUCGAUCGCAAUGAGAAUGUACACGCUGGCUGAUCAACCGAUUUCGAAAGACGAAUUCGGUCGUGCAGUGAAGAUCUGCACCGGGUCGGAGUUGAACAAGCACCUUAUCGACACCGUAUUCGCUAUCUUCGACGAGGACGGAGAUGGGCUGUUGUCCUACAAGGAGUUCAUUGCCAUCAUGAAGGAUCGCGUUCAUCGAGGUUUCAAAUCCAACGUCAAAUCCGAGGGUUGGGAAGCCUUCAAGCACUGUCUCAAGCAGGAAAUGAGACAAAAUGCUUAAGGGCUAAAAGAUGGAUCAUUCUCUUUUUCGAGCAUCUUGCGCUGUGCGCGUGUCUUCUUGUGUAUUGUUGAUGUUGUUAAUGCACUUAGCCAAAUUCAAAAAAAAAUCCUACAAAUCAAAUGAUAGCUAAAUUUUACCUAUCCUGUAAUCGAUGUUAUCGAAAAACAUUUGAGUGCAAUUUG